UAAUUUUCUUGGGCAAAUCUCACUUGAUCCUUAUCUUGGGGAUAAUUUUCAGAUCCAACCCUUCUCCUUUUUCUUACAUGGCUUCACUCCCUCUCAAGUAAAUUACCUUGUAUAAAUUUAGCUCGUGAAUCCCAGUUAGCUCUUAUUCAUGAUUUGCAUCAGUAUUACUUGAAACUGCCUUGUAAUUCUAAAACUUUUAACUCAUCUUUUUUCAUGGCUGAUAUUGAUUUUCAUGCAAAACCCUUGAAGCUCUUUGGCUUCAACAUAGUGGAAAGCACUGCCAAUCAUUCAAGCAAAUCUCCAACCGGAUCAGCGGAAGUCGAGUCCGAUGCCCGUAAAUACGAGUGCCAAUAUUGUUGCAGGGACUUUGCUAACUCUCAAGCCCUAGGGGGUCACCAAAAUGCUCACAAGAAGGAAAGGCAGCGACUGAAGCGUGCACAAAUGCAAACUAUUCGAAGUUUCUCUUCUCCUCACCUCCAAAACUAUAUGUUAUCUGGUUUUGCACCUCCGCCGCACCUCCUUGCCCCGCCGCAGUAUCAUUCUUCCUUUUAUAUGUCACGUGGAGUAGCAGCAGCAGCUGCCCCAUUGCAUAUGUACCAUGGUGGCACGUACCCUUGUGGGCCGGCUGCUGGGCUUGGACGGCCUCUGUAUACAGGAGAAGGAGUGGAGACCAUGGCGGUCGCGAUGUCCGGUCAUGUCAAGGCUCAUGCCAGAGUUUUGCCAGCAGUGAGGAGGUUCACCGGAGACGAUGAUGGCCCUAAGAUUGAUAAGGGACUAGGUUUGGAUUUGCAUCUCGGUCUGGGGCCGGCCGUGCCAUGAUAUAAAAAUA